UAGGUCCAAAUUUAAACAUAUAUAGUUUUAGAAUGGAAAAAAAAUUCAUAACUGACGUUUAAUUCAGAAAACGGAUAUCUGAUUUAUCUUAAGAGAUACCGUCUCACGAUAUACUUAGAUGUAUUGUUUUCCAAUAAACAAACCGAGUAACGUAAGCAAGUGCAAUGUGAAACUCUCUCUCCGGAUGAUUAUAUAUAUACUAGUAAACGGUGGAAACAUAGUUUAUAUCUGUCCAUGCUCUGUACAUAGUAACAAGUAACAGUUUAAAUGUGGAAGUAGGAAGUACAAGGACAAUUAACACGCAACUGGCAAUGAGGAUUUUACAUUGAACUGUUUAGGAAAAAUGAGAUUUGAUGAACUUUUACGUGCUUUCAGCAUUAUUAUUUUGGGUGCUUUGUUUGAACAGAUAUGUGCAAUAAAAGCAAACGAUGUCACAGAAUCCGAGGAGCAUAUACGCAAGAGAAGUUUAAGACAAGAUGGGUAUACCCAUAUUCAAUCAGCCUCAAUAAAGAUACUACAGCAAGAAGACGAAAUUCUACACAGACGACAUAUACGUGACACACUUCAACAAAGCGGCGCACAUGUAGAACUUCAUAUUGAAGCAGACGACGUGAGAUUUGAAAUCUUACUGAAACACGCGCAACCUGUGAUGAACAAAGACGCUAAAGUUGUGUUUGUGUCCAAUGGCAACUCUGAGACAGUAGACAAUAUUGAACCUAGCGAUUGUGUAAUGUCUGGAAGUUUAAAAACAAAAGCAGACGAUACUGCUGUCUUCUCGUUUUGUGACGGACUGAAAGGAGAUUUUACAAAUGGUACAUAUACAUAUCAUAUUGAAACUAUAGAAGAAGAUGGAAAGGAAGUUGUUCUUCUUGCUAGAAAAGAAAAGACAGUUUCUGAUGAUAAAUAUGAUACUGCUACACUACCUACAAACACUUCUGAGCACGUGCCUAGACGGAAGCGAGCUGUCAGUGAUAAUCUAAAUAUAGAAACAGUUGUGAUAUUGGAUGCAUUAUAUGUGGCUCGUAUAAGAGCGGCUGGAAUUACUGAUAAUCAGACGAUACAUGAUCUGAUGGAAUUAAAGUGGACAGGGGCACAAGCGGAAUGGGGCAAAGCAGAUGUUUUCGAUUACACAAUAACCAUAGACAUCAAAGAGCUUGUCAUCUGGGAGACAAAUCCGGACUGGUACAGCCCGGAGACAGACCUCGGAGAUUUGUUGUAUCACAUAUGCUUCCAGACGAAUUCACGUGGACUAUGGACAGACUAUGACCAUAUACAUCUCUUUACUGGACAAACUGGCACCGAUGUAUCAGGGAAGGCGUAUGUCGGCGGAAUUUGCAAAGGACAAGAAAAAUGCGCAGUUUCAACGUUCACGUCAUCAGCUGCCUAUUAUAUUCCCACACACGAACUCGGUCAUAGUAUGGGAAUGGUGCAUGAUGGCGAGGUAGGUUGUUCAACCACAGGUAUAAUGGGAGGCUUGACAUCCGGUUGGAGCGCCUGCAGCGUGGCUGCUCUCGGGGGCUUAAUGAGUAAGGGAACUGCUGACUGUACAAGGACACAGGAUGUUGCUGGUGCAGCUCUGUUCACAUUGGACGCCCUUUGGCCUGGUAUGAAAUAUUCCGACGACGAUAUAUGUGAAAUGCAACACGGUCCAGGUUUCGUCUUCAAGGGCAACCGGAACUCCUGUUCGGGUUAUAGAUGUAUGAAUCUUGAUGCUUCCUCUGACAAGUUCGGUGUUAGUUACAAAUAUACUGCACCAACGGACGGAAAGUACUGCGGCGAAGACAUGGUAUGUACAACAAGCCAGGCUAAUUACCGAUGCAUAAAUAUAACGGAUACCGGUCUUCCACAAUCCUCUAUUACUAAAGUCACAGGUGGCUGGUCAGCUUGGGGAACAGAGACGUCAUGUAGUCGCACGUGCGGGACAGGCGUUAAAUUGCGCACACGAACUUGUAACAAUCCAAAACCACAAAACAGUGCCUGGUGCGAAGGAGAUACGUUUAAAGCGGAGUUAUGCAACACGCAGGCUUGUGACGGGGUCACAGAAGAUGAGGCAUUAAUUACACAAAGGGCAGGAGAGACAUGUACUGAUUGGAAGGAUAACAAUAAAUAUACAAUGAUUGAUAAAGAUUCAGCGAAUUAUCUUAAUACGGGAUCAAAGGCGGGUAAUAAUGGUGACGAUCAGUGUGAAGUCGUUUGUGACACAAUAAGCGGUUACACUAUACCCGGAUCUGAACGGCAUAGUAUAAUGCCUCAUGGAACACCGUGUUCUCAUAGUUCGUUGACAUCUUCAUUUGUUGAAAACAACAAUCUACCGAGGAUAUCAGGAAUGUAUGGCUCGUGCGUUCAAGGUCAUUGUUAUUUAACUGGUUGUGAUCACGUGAGUGGCUCCACACAGAGGGAUGGUUGUGGGGUAUGCGGGGGUAAUAACUCGACAUGCCAGGUAGUUUCUGGAGUUUAUGAUGAGGUGUUAGCGAAAUCUGAGAGAAAAAGAGCCGUUAGAAUUGAAGCAAACGCAACGCUUAUACAGAUUUAUUUUACCUACAGCGCGAUGUCUCUUCAUUUUCUUGAGUUGAGAUCAAAGGAUGUACAGGACGGUCAGGAAUUAGGGGCAUCUGUGAUAAAUGGACUUACCCAACAAGACACACGAGAUAACCCAAUAAAUUUUGCCGGGACAUACUGGUAUUAUUUUUGGCAGAAACAAUACAUGUAUGCGGAGGGGCCGACCAACCAAGCGGUUGAUAUUUCGCUAUUCAACUUCGGCAGUAAAAACAAUACUGGGGUAACGUACGAAUAUUCCCUACCGACAGCAGACCAAAUGGCAACCUGCUCAGGAACGUGUGAGAAUAGUGGAGUGUGGAAUUCGACAACGUGUUCAUGUGACUGUGCCAACGGUUUCUAUGGUGCAACAUGUGACGUAUCGUGCAAUAAGAUAUGUAAGAAUGGCCAACCAUUGGCAUCUUCCGGUUGUAAAUGUGAUUGCCAAGGAAACACUUACGGCGGAUCUUGCGCUUGCAAGUAUCCAUUUAAAGGCAAAGAUUGUCAAGAAUGCAAGAUAACCACGUGUGAGAAUGGGGGCGUGUUUAACUCCACAGCUUGCCGAUGCGCAUGCCCGAAAGGAUAUGGUGACCUCGACUGUAGCACCUCAUGUGAAGACGCUGUUCUUCCAACAGCAGAUUGUAUAGUGAAAGCUGGCAGGGGAGAAUGUGAGUCUAAAAAUGAGGUGAUGGAGACAAAGUGUUACAUGACAUGCGGUCUAUGUGAACCAGCCGACACAACGACAGGAGCAUCGACUACAGCAUCAACAACAACAACAACAGCAUCAGGAACAGGAACAACAGCAUCUGGAGCUACUAGUUCGACAACAGAAUCUACAACGGUAAAUUGCGGUGCAACAGAAGACAGAGAAUGUAAUGGCGGAGAAACAAAUCGUCGUCAUUGGACACAGAGUUUCCUCCUUUGUAUUUCGCUGUUGCAGACAACUCUCACUGCAGUGAUUCUGCUGUCUUGAAGUGGAAUGUUUGUCUCCUAAUCUUCACAAGUUGUGCUCAACUAUAAACUAUUAUCAUUUAUAACUUAAAAAGCAUCAUUAUGUGAAUUGAAAUGACGUUCUAGAAUUAUUACUAAGAAUAUGAUAUGUUAGUGACGCUAUCUCGCUCCCGUCGAAGUUUCUAAUCUCUGUAGAACAGCUUCAGAUAAAUACUAACAUAUUUAGUGUCAAGCUUUAUUUGACUUCAUAAAUAUUCACUUUAUAACGUCAAGACUUUUUUUACGAACGCGGUUCAAUGAAUCACUAUGAAAAAUAGAAGGUUACUAUGAACAGAAUUUGAUAUAGUAUCGACAUUUGUUCUUCUAGGAAAAUUAACACAUAUCUUUUUUUAAAAAUGCAGCGUUCUCUUUGGAUGGCACUAACGUCUUUAAAAUGUAACAUGACAUUGUCUUUACAGUGUGUUAUACAUGUAACUCAUUGAAAACUAGUAUUGAAAAUGUAUUGUUUAUGCAUUUUGAUCAAUGUAUUAUCACAUUUUUGAUCAAUGUAUUAUCGUAUUAUUUAUAAUAAUGUACUAUGUACAAGUCAAACAUAAAAUAAUGUUUUGUUCUGUAGAUAUACAAAUUGUAUAAACGUCUUUCAGUAUGGCAAAGGAAAUUUAGAACAAUUUUAACACAUUUAACUUUAAAAUCAUCGUAUUAGCUUACAAAUGUAAUACAUGAUUGUGUAUGAUUAUAUUAUAUUGGUUCCAUUAUUAUAUGGUUGAUUCCCGAAAAAGUUGUAACAUAGAAUGUCUCUGUUAUUUAACACUAAUGAAUAAUGUUCGUUAACAGAAUAAAAUGUUCCAGAACAAAAUAUUAUUUGCUAUUUUUAGAAGGGUUUUAUCCGUUUAGCAAUGAUUUUUGCAUGCGCCUUUCGAUUUUAAGGCAAUACAUUACAAUACAAGCAUUUUGGAAGUAUACUUUUUUAAAAAUUUAAUCAUUUUUUUGCAUCAGAUAUAUAGCUUUAUACCCUUUAACUUUAUCUACAAGAUAUAUACUGGUAUUUUCAUGUGAAAUUAUUUUAUAUUAAUAGGGUUAUUAGGGGCCUAUUGCUUUUUGAUAAUCAGUAAAAAAAUUUGGAAUUUUAAGGUUACUUGUUUGCAUGUAAAAAGUGUAUUUAAACAAUGGUAGGAUACUACGUCAUCGCACACCUGUUUUUGCAAAAACCUCCGGUCGACUUGACAUAACUAAAAAAAACUUUUAAAGUUUUACUGCCUAGUUUAUUCCUGAAAAACAGGAUAAAGUUUUUUUCAUAAAUGCUUCCACUCGGACUCCCAAACAAAUUGUAUCCUGUUUCAGACUUAAACCAGACAGUAAAACUUUAAAUGAUUUUAUUUUAAUUAUAUCAAGUACUAAAACCAUUUUAUUUUAUAUUGUAACGAUUUCUUACAAUAAAAAAAAUUUUUUUAUCUUCGAGUCAACAAAAAACACCAGUCGGAUUUGUAGCAUUUUGCAGGGGCGCGAUGAGGUGGUAUUCUACCAUUGAAUAAAGCUGUAGCUCUAUUUUUGUGUAUGUUGAAAUAUUAAUCAGAUUGAGUUAUCAUUGCUUUUGUUAACAUGAUUGAGGUUUCAUUGCUUUUGUUAACAUGAUAGAGGUUUCAUGGCUUUUGUUAACAUGAUUGAGUUAUCAUGGCUUUUAUUAACAUGAUUGAGGUUUCAUUGCUUUUGUUAACAUGCGUCAAUAACAGUCUGUGAUAAAUUUUACAAGAAAAUUCUAUACACUUUCUUAUGCAAUUUUAGUGACAUUUUAUUUGUUUAACUUGUGCAUUUAUGAAUAACGUGUACAUGAGUAUUGAUUGAUUUAUUUUGUGUUUUUUUCUGUGUAUGAGAUAUACUUGAAAGAUAUUAUGAAUAACUUUUCACUUUUUUUCUCGUGCUUUGUCUUAAGAGACACUUGUCUUAGGCGACCAUCUAUGGUGUUUCCCUUUGCGCGGUCGCUUAAUACAAUUUUGACUGUAUAAUUAUGUUGUUAAAUUUGUUUUAUAAGUGCAUUUUGUAUAAAAGACUGAACGUUGGUUAAAAACCGCUGUGUAUAAGUUGUUUGUUCUUCUAUGUACAUCUAUUUUUUUUUAAAUAUUCAUGUUAGUAAGCAAAUAAAUAUACUUAUUAAUUAAAAAUCCGCCGCUGGCGUCGGUUACAGAUAUAUGCUCCUUAAAUAUAUUGUAUGACAUAUUUUAUUAACGUUAUAUUUUUGUAGCAAAAAUGUUAUUUCUAGGACACAUUUCUAAAAAUGGACUAAAAUGUAUAGAGAAUUUAAAUACUUUAGAUCUGAUUGGAUUAUUUUUCAAUUCGGUGAGAAAUAAAAGUGAGAAAUGUUUGCGAAAGGAACCCACACAUAUAAAUAGCUCGUGAAAAGUUUUGUUAAAUUGCCAUUUUUUGUAAAUAAAGUAUAUUUUAAUUAUUCUUGUUUUCACGAUUUUACGGUGACGGUUGUUUGCUUUGGAAGAUUUUUCAUCUUGCUAUAAUAGUAAAAAGUUCACCAGGUUCCAUGAAAAAAAAUGACAUUGAUCUUUGCUAUACCGGCGCUUUAAUAGCUCAUUUUUGUUAUAUCUUUUCCUAUUUUAUGUCAUGAAAGCUAAUUUUCCUGCUUAACAGUUCCUAUGCAAAUAAAAUAAAUCUAAUCUUU